CCAAUUUAUAAUUAAUAAAGGCAGUUAUCUUCUCCAUUUUAUAUAUGUCCAUUGUUGUUUCCAUCCAUUGCUUCAAAGUUGGGCUCUCCUGGGCCGCAUUGGGUUAAAACGAUUUGACUGGGCUCCAGCCAAAUUGUUUUAACCCAAUGCGGCCCCCGAGUCAAAAAGUUUGGGGACCUCUGCAGUAUACUGUGUGAUGUAUAGCUCCACAAACCAAUAAAAAAUGUUAAUGAAGAUUAAAGAGUUUUGUUUAAUUGUUCAUGCGUAUUCGCUUUGUUUGGGGUGAAAACGCUAAUAAAUGUUACAAAAAUAAGGGGUUCAGUGCUAAAGAGCCGCAUGCGGCUUGAGAGCCGCGGGUUGCUGACUUCCAGUCUAAACCAACCAACAAGCCUCAGUAUAAAUGUAGUAUUAGGUAACACAACACAGACAGUGUGCAUUGAAUAUGUAGGAUGACAAACUUGUUAGUCUGUUCUACUCACUAUAGGUACACUCUGUCGAGUUGUGUGUGUUGAAACAUGGCGCCGUGGGUGUCUCGUCUUCUUCAACGUGUUGAAGUCCCAAGUUCUUGUCACAAGACCUUGGCACAUUUUUAAGCAAUAACAUUGAGUUUGAUCAAAUCAAUUCAUGCAGAGAUUCAAGGAAAAAAAAUCUUGUGGUGAAAAAUUAAUGUUUAAAAUAACAAAAAAUAAUUACAAAAAAUAUUUUAUAUUUUGACCAUAUGAAACUUAAAUAGUCCAUCCAUCCAUUUCCUAACGCUUGUUCCUCUCUGGGUCGCGGGGGUGCUGGAGCCUAUCCCAGCUGCGCUUGCCCGUAAGGCGGGGUACACCCUGGACAAGUCGCCACCUCAUCACAGGGCCAACACAGAGAGACAACAUUCACACCCACCUGUACCCUGGUUGUAUUUGCUACAGAUGAAUGGUUCGCGCCAGCUGCUAACCUGCUCAAGCGAGAGCCUCCACAGUUCAAUACGUCUGCCUUCACCCAAUUUGGGAAGUGGAUGGACGGCUGGGAGACAAGGAGGAAACGGACACCAGGUCACGACUGGUGCCUCAUCCAACUGGGGGUCCCGGGCCUUGUGUACGGUGUGGAUGUGGACACGUCUUACUUCACAGGGAACCACCCACCUCACGUGUCCAUCCAGGGGGCGUGUCUUGAACAAGAACCCAACCUCAGCCUGGAAGGAGACAGAACUGGCAUGGCCGCCUCCGACAGCCAGCUGGCGUCCGCCGCCAAACUACGCUCAGAGGCGUGGCCAGAGCUGGUGGGCAUGUCCGAGCUGAAGCCGGGAUACUCGGACUGCUGCCACAACUACUUCCUGGUCCACUUCACGCACAGGGUCACACACCUGCGCCUUAACCUGUACCCUGAUGGAGGUGUGGCGAGAUUGCGUGUGUUUGGAGUCGGCCAAAGAGAUUGGUUGUCAGUUCCGUCCAAUCAGGACAUCGACCUGCUCUCUAUGGCGAAUGGGGGAGUCUGUCUUGGCUUUAGUAACGCCCACUUUGGCCAUCCACGCAAUAUGAUUGGCAUGGGUUCGGGCUGCAACAUGGCUGACGGCUGGGAGACGGCGCGCAGACUGGAUCGACCCAAAAAGCUGCAGGUGGACCAGCGCGGCAUCCUGCAGCUUCCUGGUUAUGAAUGGGCGGUGUUUCGUCUGGGUCACAGGGGGGUCAUACGUGCUGUGGAAGUGGACACAGCCCACUUCAGAGGUAAUUUCCCUGACUCCUGCAGGGUGGAGGUGUGCACCUUGACCCCAGAGGAGGAAGCUCAGUGCCUAAGCUCAAGCUGGAAUUCUGGAAAAUGGCGCAUCCUGGUCCCACCACAGAAGCUCCGGCCUGAUGACAAGCACAUGUUUAUAGUGGACGACAUGCACUCCCCCGUCACUCACAUCCGCCUGGUCAUUACUCCAGACGGAGGAGUCAGCCGCGUGCGACUUUGGGGCCAAGUUGUCCCCAUGACAACAGCUCACUCUAAACUCUGAUUUGGUGUUAUGAGGUCUAUUUGCAACUAUCACUUCCUGUCGAUCUUUCGAAUGAAAGUCUACAUCAGGGGUGGUAAACUCAUUUUAGCCCAAGGGCCGCAUGGAGGAAAAUCUGUGCACACGUGGGCCAGAAUAUUAAAAAUCAUGGCAUUAAAACUAAAAAAUAAAUUGUUUUCUGUCUUACUUUGGCCAAAAAUAGAACAAACACAUUCUGAAAAUAUUACAAUAAAAA